AGAACAUUAUCCAAAACCUUCAAAAGAAUUUUAUCCAAAACCAAAAAGUAAGGCAGGAGAGAGAGAGAGAGAGAGAGAGGUGUAAUGGAUAGAGGGUUCUCAGUGGAUGAAAUCUCCGACCAGUUCUGGUCGCCGCCGCCGGCCACGCUGACGUCGUCGUCGUCUUGCCGGUCCGAAGCAGACGAGUCGUCGUCCAAGAUGAACCGGAGCGAGUCCGUCUGGGCCUUCCAGCGUUACCUCCAAGAGGCCUCCGUCCCCACCGCGUCCGGCGGCGACGAGAGCGACGUAGUCGAGAUCAAGGGCUCGCGCUCGAGUCGGGACCAUAAUCAAAACCCGAUCCAGAAACAACCACCCAAUCCGAAUGCGGUAAAUAAGAACACCAACGAGGUUAAUACCAGUCCGCCGCUGUCGACCUCGUACGCUGAUAACAUUGCUCCGCCGCCGCAGCCGCCGCUCAACGGGCCGCCGCCGAACUCCGAGGAGUACCAGGCUUUCCUCAAGAGCAAGCUCAACUUGGCUUGCGCUGCCGUUGCUCUGUCUCGGGCACCAUUUGUCGUUAAUCAAGUUUCUGAAACUCCAGCUGACAACUCUCAGGCUUCGAAGGCAUCACAACUGGGAUCUCAAGCUUCUUUGAAAGGAGUUGGGCCUGAUUUGUCGAAGUCACAAGAUGAGGAUGCUGGCAGGUUAGUUGGAAUAUCUUCCUUAACAACCGUGCCAAAGAAAUCUGGGAUUCCUGUGAGGUCAACAACAAGCGGAUCAUCAAGAGACCUAUCAGACGAUGAUGAAGAAACUGCAACUACUGACCAUUUGGAUCCUGCUAAUGCAAAGCGUGUGAGGAGGAUGCUCUCCAACCGAGAGUCUGCUAGACGCUCGAGAAGAAGAAAACAAGCUCAUUUGACUGAGCUUGAGACACAGGUUGCUCAAUUAAGAGUUGAGAAUUCUUCUUUACUGAAGCGUCUCUCGGACAUAAGCCAAAAGUACAAUGUAGCGGCUGUUGACAACAGAGUUUUGAAAGCUGAUGUAGAAACCUUGAGAGCAAAAGUGAAGAUGGCUGAGGAGACGGUUAAAAGACUAACCGGACUGAACCCAAUGUUCCAUGCAAUCUCUGACAUGUCUCCUGUGGGUGUGCCACCAUUCGAUGGCAGUCCUUCUGAUGCAUCAGCGGAUGCUGCAGUUCCAGUUCGAAAUGACCCGAAGCACCAAUUUUAUCAACCCAAUUCUGGGAACCCCGCGCCAUCUGCUAAGGAUAUGAGAGUCAACAAUGGCUUGGCGGAUAUUCCUGCAGAUGAAAAUGCGCAGCAGAAUGGAGCUGGCAAGUUGGGACGAACGGCCUCUAUGCAGAGAGUGGCCAGUUUGGAGCAUUUGCAGAAGCGCAUCCGUGGGGAUUCGAGUCCUUGUGGCCCCCCGUGCGAUGGAGAACCAGUAGUAGCAAUAGACUAGCAAGAGGGUUGAUCAUUUGGUAUAUAUUUACCCAUUCAUUAAUGAAGCACAAGAAUACAAUCUGCUAAUCGUUUUGGUUCAAUUGUUGAUAUAGAUUCCUUAAAAUUUCCCUUCUUUUCCCC